ACUGCGCUGGUCACGCCCCACCUCGGGCCCGCCUCCGGUCGCCAUCUCCAGUGUGGCUGGAUGUAAAGUGAGCGAGCUAGAAACCCGAGAAGAUUGGAUGGUUCCUAUUGGUUUGUCUUCAAGUUCACUGAUUCUUUGCUAUCAACAUCUUACAACAGAACCCAUCCAGCUUCUUCGGGCCCCCGAGGCAGGAAAUGGGGUCUCUCCAUGGGAGACAGGAUGCUGAGGCCGCGGAAAGUCAGCCUCCUCACCCCCCAGGUACGAAGCCAGGAAGGGGACGUCCUCACCAAUGCUGGGUCCCAGCUCCAGCAGCACGUCGUCGCGGCCCAGCUUGGUAAGCAGCUCAAGCAGUCGGCCUACCGAGGCGCCAGGGCGUCCCUGCCAGGCGUCCAGCAGCCUGCCAGUGGGGUCCGCGUGUGUCUCCAGUUGCCGGAUCUCCAAGUACUCAAAGUCCAUCUCCUCCGCCAGCGCGGUCCAGUCGGCCGCCACCUGUGUCCGCACGUUCAAGAACAGAGACAGGCGGCGCCGCACUCGCAUGUUGAGAGCAGCCAGGGGAAGGGAGGAUGUGGAGGAGAUCGGGGCCGCAGACCCCGCGGCGGGACCUCCUGCAGCCAUGGCGGGCGGUCCUGGAGCCUCAGCGCGGUCGGGUCGCAUUGUCUGCCAGCGCUUCCUCUUUCUCCUACGGCACCCGCCCCGCCCCGCCGGCUUUCGCUUUCCGAGAAGCGCCGCCCUGCCCUACAAUCUGGAGCCCCGAGCAAAAGUGCGGAGGCGGGGGUGCCCACCUCUACCCUUGCGGUCUCGAGGCGGGUGAUGUGGGGGCGUAAGAAGUAGGAAUCUGCCCUUUGAGAUCUGGAGAGGUCCACGGCACCGCCCUCGAGGGUCUGGUGAUGGUGCUAGUAGGUUGGCGGCGGAGUGAGGACGACCCUCCCUCGGGGGUUGUAGGAAACGGGCCUUGCUUUUUGGGAUCUGGUGGAGCCACAGUUCUUCCACGGAGGAAUCUGAGGGGUUCAUACGGUCCUGCCCUCGAGGAUGGCGAGGAGGGGACAAGUGGGAAGGCACCAGCUCUGCCCUCCACUGUCUCUGGGGAACACGCAAUCCCGCCAGUAGGGGUAUGGGAAGACCCCUGCUGUGCUCCCCGAGGUGGGAGUGGGAAACGGACAGCUGCCUUCUGGAGCCUGAGGCAUGCCGUGGCCCUGCCCUCGAAAUGGUUGGGGACGUCAUGACACUAGGUUGGGGAGCACAAGGCACCCUGUCCUUUGGUGUCUGUGGGAAGCCCAGCACUACUCUCCAGGGUCUCAGGUGAAGACAUGGCCCUGCUAUUGGGAGUCAAGGGGGCACGUGGCCUUGCCCUUUAGGUUUAGGGACACAGUCCUGACCUGGGGAGCCCUGGUUCAUUCAUUUACUCAUUCGACAAGUACUUGAUCAUCUACUAAGUGUCAAGGGUGUCGCAGGCUCCCCGGAUACAUGGUACCUCUCUGCCUUGGUGGAGACCCCAGCCUAGCACGGGAAAUGGGCACUAAUAAAAUCAUUCCAAUUGGGUGUAAAACUGGUAAAA